CCGCUCGCUAUGUGAGGCAGUAUUACACCGGGCGGGCGGACAGGGUGACCCGCGGGAGAUGGCGGACUCCGGGGAAUCGCUAACUCGCAGGAAGAGAGCCGCCCAGCGCGGGAACAGUGUGAGCGGGAGCCCCCGGGAGGGAGCCGGGGAGGAGACCGAGCUCAGCGACCCCGGGAUACGAUGCCACAAACUCCAGGAGUCUCUCCUCAGCUCAGCCAGCGGCUACAGCAACUACCGCGGUAUUCUGAACUGGUGUGUGGUUAUGCUGGUUUUAAGUAAUGCGCGGCUCUUCCUAGAAAACAUUAUUAAGUACGGGAUACUGGUGGAUCCCAUUCAGGUGGUUUCACUGUUUGUUAAGGACCCCUAUAGUUGGCCAGCGCUCUGCCUGGUGCUGGGGUCUAAUGUUUUCAUCCUUGGAGCGCUGCACCUGGAGAGAAGAUUGGCAUCGGGCAGCCUGUCUGAACGCUUUGGACUCUUCCUCUACACACUCCUCCUCACAACCAUUCUCUGCCUCCCAGUUCUGGUAGUAUUCACCGUCCGUUCAAUAACUCCAGUGGGAGCAGUAUUUGCACUCAGUGUUUACACCAUACUCUUCCUGAAGCUGUUCUCCUAUAAAGAUGUGAAUCUGUGGUGCAGAGCGCGAAGGCUGACACAGGCCCGGACACUGGGCCGAUCACAGUCUGUUCCGGUAAUAAAGAAAGCCAAUGGAGAGAUUGGGAAGAAGCAUAUUUCAUACCCAGGAAACCUGAUGCACAGAGAUAUGUAUUACUUUGCGUUUGCCCCUACACUUUGCUAUGAGCUGAACUUCCCUCGAUCUCCAAGAAUCCGCAAGAGAUUCCUUCUGCGUCGUCUAUUUGAGAUGUUAUUUCUCAUGCAGUUACUUGUCGGCUUAAUCCAGCAGUGGCUGGUUCCAGCGAUACAGAACUCCAUGAAGCCCUUCCGGGACAUGGAUUACUCCAGAAUCAUUGAGCGUCUCCUGAAAUUAGCCGUCCCCAACCACCUAAUCUGGCUGAUUUUCUUCUACUGGUUUUUCCAUUCCUCCAUGAACUUUUUGGCUGAGUUAAUGCGUUUUGGAGACCGUGAAUUUUACAGGGAUUGGUGGAAUUCAGAAACGGUUACGUAUUUUUGGCAGAAUUGGAACAUUCCUGUACACAGAUGGUGUCUGAGGCACUUUUACAAACCAAUGAUGAGGCGUGGCGUAUCCAAAUGGAGUGCACAGACCGCUGUAUUCUUGGCGUCUGCUUUCUUCCAUGAGUACUUGGUGAGUGUCCCAUUGAAGAUGUUCCGGCUCUGGGCGUUCAUGGGUAUGAUGUCACAGAUUCCCCUGGCUUGGUUCGUGGGGCGAUUCCUGAGAGGUAAUUACGGAAACGCGGCAGUAUGGAUUUCCCUGAUCAUCGGGCAGCCCAUAGCGGUUCUCAUGUAUGUGCAUGAUUACUAUAUUCUAAAUCAUGGAAAUGGCUUGUGAUCUUCCCCGUGACCCACUGUGAUGCCCACACCUUUGGACCUGAAGGAUGAUUUACAGUGAUCCGGCCACUGUGUCAGAAUUGUCAACUCCCAAACAAAUGAAUCAAUGCAAUUGUGGUAUGGAGAACAGCAUUACAGAGGACAGUCAAAGAACUCCUUUUUUUCCUUAUUGAAUCCUAGGUUUGGAUACACUUCAGUUAACCAAGAGCAGAAUACCUUCUCAAUAAUGUCUACACUUGACUCCUUAUUCAAACAAUAUAUAACGGUGUUCUUCAUCUGGAGUUUUUAUCUGUCACAUAUCUAAUUCCAUCGAAAACAGAUUCUGCUCAUAGAUAUAAUAAUCUUCCUCUGCCUGAGAUGUCAUCGAGUCAUUGCACGUCAAUAACUGAAACUCUGCUCGGUUUAGAGAUUUGUUCUCCAUCCAGUUCCCCUUCCUGUCCAAAACGUGACCUCACUUGUAACUUCCUACCCAUCAAGAUGUAACUAUGUUCAUACAGAGUCUGUCCAGGACCGAUGUAACUGUAUGUUCAUACAGAGUCUGUCCAGGACCGAUGUAACUGUAUGUUCAUACAGAGUCUGUCCAUGACCGAUGUAACUGUAUGCUCAUACAGGGUCUGUCCAUGACCUCCUAUCAUCCAGCCAGUCUUUAUAUAAUAUAAAACCGUAAUCUACCCACCAACGUCCUGUUCAGGUACACGAUUAUUCGAGGGGACACAGGAAUUGUGCCCGCUUGUCAACCUUUCUGCACUAUUGAUGUUCUUCUUGUGCUGCUGUUUUUAAAGUUGUUUGCCAUGUGUGGAGUAUACUCUGUAUGCGUGAGGUGCUGUGUGUCUUUCUGUCUGUGAUUGGUAGAGCUGCUACUCCAGAUUGGUACAAUCCGAGCCAAAUAAUUACUGUAAUUAAAGAUCUGGUUUUGUUUACAAA